AUGGCAAAGAAGUAUGUGACCCUUCACGAAAUCAACGACGGUCAUGCGCCAGAUAAUAACACUGCUCUGUUUGAAUCCAAGAAGAGAAAGCAAGAAGUAAUAAUCAUUGGUGAUGAAGAGAAUGGCAAGCGCAAAAAGGCCAAGAAAUUAGAAACUCGCGGUGCUGUUUUGAAUGCUGCGAUCAAAGAGCAUUUGGAUGAGAAUGUCGAAGUGGAACAGAAAUGUCCAAAUAUUGAUGACAUUGCAGAUGAUGAUAUCAGUUAUAAGAGAUUUCCCCUUGAAUCGCUCACGGAUAAUGAUAGUAAAAAUGAUCAAGCAAACAACGAAUAUCAUAAAACUGAGGAUCUAGAAAGCGGCAUUAAGGAUAUGUUCAAAGGCAGGGAUAGUAUAAUUAGUGCUGGUGUUUCUGUCGAAGAUGUUGUUGUCAACUCUGCUGACGACAACUUCGAAUUGUCUCUUGCUCUUUUUCUCUUCCUGUUCUUCCUCUUGGCCAAUAGUGAAAAUCAAGCCUGA